CAGCUGGUGUUGCACUGAGGCUCUUGGCGGUACAUGUUCGGGGUAUUACAUGGGUCAAGCGGAGUGUCAGGGAUUGAUGCUAUUGUUGGAUAGCUCGACCAUGGCCGGCCCGAGUCGAGACCAUAUAAGGCGGGCAUCACGCCCGCUUCCUCAUUUUCAGCAGAACAAUCGAAUUGUCCGAUAACAAUCCAAGCAAGCCAAAAUGAAGUUCAACACCCUCUCCGUGUCCGCCACUCUCGCCGGCCUGGCCAGCGCUGGCCCGCUCGCCGCUCGCGCAGACGGCGUCCAGGGUUUCGACAUCUCGCACUACCAGGAGAGUGUCGACUUCCAGGGAGCCUAUGAUGCCGGUGCCCGCUUUGUCAUGAUCAAGGCCACCGAAGGACUGAGCUACAUCGACUCGUCGUUCAGCUCGCACUACCAGGGCGCCAGCGACGCCAAGAUCGCCCGCGGUGGUUACCACUUCGCCCACCCCGAUAUCUCCUCGGCCAAGGAGCAGGUCGACUACUUCAUCAAGAACGGUGGUGGCUGGUCCGACGACGGCAUCACCCUCCCCGGCAUGCUGGACAUCGAGUUCAACCCCAGCGGUGACAACUGCUUCGGCCUCAGCCCCGACGCGAUGGCCGCGUGGGCCGUCGAGUUCGUCGACGAGUACAAGGCCCAGACGGGCGUGUACCCUCUCGUCUACACCAACGCCGGCUGGUGGGCUGAGUGCACCGGCGACGCCGGUGGCCUGGGCGAUAAGUCCCCUCUGGUGCUGGCCGCCUACACCGAGUCCGCCCCGUCAACCAUCCCCGGCGACUGGGAGACCUACACGGUGUGGCAGUACAACGACAGCUACGAGUUCGGCGGCGACUCUGAUGUCCUCAACGGCGGUGAGGAUGUCCUCAAGAAGCUGAUUGCCGGUUAAAUGGAUAUACUGCGGUAUAUACUAGGGGUUGGGUGUAUUUUUAAGCAGGCUUGAUGUCAAACCGUACAUAGGAUAACUGGACAGGAUUUGCCAGU